GGUGUAAAUAGUGACUCAUAUGAGACAAGACAGCAAGUCCAUAGCCCAGCGCCCGCGUUCUCCACCGAUCCUCUCCUGCGCCCCGCCCUCUCAUUCGUUGCCUCUUCGUGGGAAAUUUAAUUUGCCCGCAUUUCGCACAACCACCCCUCCUCGUCGCAUCCCACUCUCUCAAGAUACUCAUCCGGCGAUUCGUGGCGCGAUCGGCGCCUUGGAGAUUCACUCCGCAAUAUCGAUCAUUCUCCAGGAUGGCUCAGAACCCUGCCUCCCAAACCCCCAUUGGGGAACCCGUCGCCCAGCCCCAAGCUGGACAGGAUGCCUCUGCGGCUCCUAAGGUGAAGUCCGAGAAGGAGUUGGAGCGUGAGCGCAAGAAGGCUGAAAAGGCCAAGAAGUUCGCAGAGAAGCAGGCCAAGCAGGCCACUAAGCCUGCCGCUGCACCCAAAGCCGAGAAGAAGGCGCCCAAGGUCGAGAAGGACAAGACUGCCGAUGCAUACGACCCCCAGGUGAUCGAGGCCGGCCGACUCGAGUGGUGGGAGGAGCGUGACCUCUUCAAGCCCGAAUGGGGCCCUGAUGGCAAGGUCAAGCCCGAGGGCUCUUUCGUCAUUCCUAUCCCGCCUCCCAACGUUACCGGUUCCCUUCACAUGGGUCACGCCCUGACCAAUGCCCUCCAAGAUACUAUGAUUCGCUGGCAGAGAAUGAAGGGUAAGACCACUCUGUGGCUUCCCGGUAUGGACCACGCCGGUAUCUCGACUCAGAGCGUUGUUGAGAAGCAGUUGUGGAAGAAGGAGAAGAAGACCCGCCACGAUAUUGGACGGCCAGCUAUGACAAAGAUGAUUUGGGACUGGAAGGAUGUUUACCACGCCAAUAUCAAGAACGCACUGCGGAGAGUUGGCGGCUCGUUCGACUGGUCCCGUGAGGCCUUCACCAUGGACCCCAAUCUGUCCGCUGCCGUGACCGAGACAUUCGUCCGCCUCCACGAGGAGGGCAUCAUCUACCGUGCCAACCGUUUGGUCAACUGGUGUGUGGCCUUGAACACUUCGCUGUCUAACCUGGAGGUCGAGAACAAGGAGAUUGAGGGCCGCACCCUUAUGGAUGUGCCCGGUUACGAGCGCAAGGUCGAAUUCGGUGUUCUUACUCACUUCUGCUAUGAGAUUGAUGGCUCCAAGGAGCGCAUCGAGAUCGCUACCACUCGUCCUGAGACCAUGGUCGGUGAUACCGGUAUCGCCGUCCACCCCAGUGACAAGCGCUACCAGCACUUGAUCGGCAAGAAUGCUCGUCACCCCUUCAUUGAUCGUCUCAUGCCCAUUGUUGCCGACGAGGAAGUCGACCCCGAGUUUGGUACUGGUGCCGUGAAGAUCACCCCCGCCCACGACUUCAACGAUUUCAACCGUGGCAAGGCUCACAAUUUGGAGUUCAUCUCCGUCAUGAACGACGACGGUACCUUCAACAAGCACGGUGGACCAUUCGCUGGCAUGAAACGCUUCGAUGCCCGUUACGCCGUCAUUGAGGCCCUGAAGGAGGCUGGAUUGUACGUCAAAUGGGAGCAUAACCCCAUGAAGAUUCCCCGCUGUGCCAAGUCCAACGAUGUCAUCGAGCCCAUCCUCAAGCCCCAGUGGUGGAUGAAGAUGGAGAGUCUCGCUGAGCCCGCCAUCAAGGCCGUUGAGAACGGUGAUAUCAUCAUCCGCCCCGAGAGCGCUGAGAAGAGCUACUUCCGCUGGAUGCGGAACAUCAACGACUGGUGUCUAUCCCGUCAGCUCUGGUGGGGUCACCAGGCCCCGGCUUACUUCGUCAAGAUCGAAGGCGAGAACAACUCCGAGAGUGAUGGUGAGUACUGGGUGACCGGCCGCACCGAGGAGGAUGCCAAGAAGAAGGCCGAGAUCAAGUUCCCUGGCAAGAAGUUCUCGCUGGAGCGUGACCCCGACGUACUCGACACUUGGUUCUCCUCCGCCCUGUGGCCCUUCUCUACCCUUGGCUGGCCCAACAAGACCCACGACUUCGAGAACCUGUACCCCACCUCCGUGCUGGAGACUGGUUGGGAUAUUCUCUUCUUCUGGGUCGCCCGUAUGAUCAUGAUGGGUAUCAAGUUGACAGGCCAGAUCCCUUUCCGCGAAGUGUACUGCCAUUCUCUGAUCCGUGACUCCGAGGGCCGCAAGAUGUCCAAGUCCCUGGGCAAUGUCGUUGACCCUCUGGAUGUCAUGGAGGGUAUCCAGCUGCAAACUCUUCACGAUAAGCUGCUGACUGGUAACCUUGCCGAUAAGGAGAUCGCUGCUGCUACCAAGUACCAGAAGAAGGCGUUCCCCAAGGGUAUUCCCGAGUGCGGUGCUGACGCUCUCCGCUUUGCCCUUGUCUCCUACACCACUGGCGGUGGUGAUAUUGCUUUCGACAUCCAGGUUAUCCACGGAUACCGUCGUUUCUGCAACAAGAUCUACCAGGCCACCAAGUUCGUCCUUGGCAAACUAGGUGAUGACUUCAAGCCCCAGGCUAUUGCUACCAAGAAUGGCAAUGAGUCUCUGUCAGAGCGUUGGAUUUUGCACAAGUUCAACACCGCUGCCAAGGAGAUGAACGAGUCUCUCGAGGCUCGCGAGUUCUCCCCCACCGCCAUCACUGUCUACCAGUACUGGUACGCCCAGCUGUGCGACGUGUUCAUCGAGAACUCCAAGUUCCUGCUGGCCGAAGAUUCUUCGCCCGAGAUGCAGGAGUCCGCCAAACAGACCCUCUACACUGCUCUUGAGGGAGCCUUGUGCCUGGUCCACCCCAUCAUGCCCUUCAUCACCGAGCACCUGUGGCAGCGCCUUCCCCGCCGCCCCGACGACAAGACCAUCUCCAUCAUGAAGGCCAAGUACCCCGAGUUCCGGGCUGAGUUCCACGACCCCGCCGCGGAGACUGCCUACGAGCUUGUCUUGAACACCUCCAAGGCUAUCCGUUCCAUCUUGGCUCAAUACGAUGUCAAGACCAAGGGCGACAUUAUCAUCCAAACCUACGAUGCGACCAGCCAGAAGACCGUUUCGGAGGAGAUGACCAGUAUCAAGUCUCUUGGUGGCAAGAACCUGGGCGAGUUGUCUCAGCUCGGUCUUGAAAACAAGACCCCUCCCUCCGGCUGUGUGGUCGCCGCUGUCGGCGCCGAGGCUGCCGUCUACCUUCGUGUCUCCAAGGAGGUCGCCCUCGAGCAGGAAGAGAAGGCCAAGGCCGGCCUUGAGCGGGCCCGCGAGGCCGUGCGCAAAUCGCAGGGUAUCAUGGCUGCCCCCAACUGGAAGGACAAGGUCAAGGCUGAGGUCUGGGAGGCCGAGGAGAAGCGACUUCGCGAUAAUCAGAGCGAGGCGGCUCGUUUGGAGGAGCAGAUCAAGGAAUUUGAGAAGCUGCGCUUGGAGUAAAUGGCGGGUGCUUAAACCUGUUUCUGAGUACAGAUAUAAAAUAAAGUAA